AAACAGGGCGGAUGUUAUGGACUGAUUCACUGGGCUGCACUUUUCUCUGCAGCUCUUUUCAUGAAGAAUGCUAUCUCAUCCGAUUAUUAAGAAACAAUGUUGGAAUGUUUGUGCCCUCGUGCAGAAAAAGGACUUAGAGCUGAAAAUACCUAUGGGUCAUAAAUUCUCAACUGCAACCAUCAUGCUCCAGAUAUGUGUGCUGUUGUGUUUGCCGUCAGUUGUGUUUUCCCAAUCAACAUAUUCCUGGCCCCAGAGAGGUCGCAACAUCACCAUCCACUCCUCCCAGCUGAUCUGCAGUCUGCAAGGUCCACAGGGGCCUGCCGGGUACCCCGGAGCCCCUGGGUCACCAGGGGACAUGGGCCCUAUGGGGCAUCCAGGGAAAGAUGGCCCGGACGGGAAGGAUGGAGAAAAGGGACCAAAGGGAGACGGAGGUGAUCCAGGGAGGGCAGGGAACACAGGCAAGCCAGGUGUGAAAGGGCGUGAAGGUGUCAUCGGCAAGGCUGGACCUCGAGGACUGAAGGGGUUGCGAGGAACACCGGGGGUUUCGGGCAAACGAGGCCCAAAAGGAGAGCUGGGUGACGUGGGCCAGCAAGGAGCUCCAGGAGGAUGUAAUUGUGGCAGUGCAGCUCGAUCAGCCUUCUCUGUGGCAGUGACAAAGAGCUACCCCAAAGAGCGAUUGCCCAUCCGCUUCAGCCGGAUUCUGCUGAAUGAAGGGAAUCACUACAACACCAGCAGUGGGAAGUUUGUCUGUGCUGUCCCUGGGGUCUAUUACUUCACAUAUGAUAUAACUCUGGCAAACAAGCACCUGGCCAUUGGGCUGGUCCAUAAUGGCCAAUAUAAGAUCAAAACAUUUGAUGCAAACACAGGGAACCAUGAUGUGGCAUCUGGUUCUACUGUCCUCCAGCUGCAGCAGUCUGACCAGGUGUGGCUACAGAUCUUCUAUUCGGAGCAGAACGGACUCUUUUUUGAUCCUUUCUGGACAGACAGCACCUUUACUGGCUUUCUCAUAUAUGCUGAUCAGGAGUAUCUGAAUGAGGCUGAUAAAAAAGCUAAUGCUAAGGAUGACAGUUAAUCCUGAGAUAUAUUUAUUCAGUUUCUAACACUUGCCUUCACUUAAUUCCCAUGCAAUGAGAAUGUGAAGAGAGUGGUCAGCAAUGGCAGGCUUCAGUGAAUUUCAGUUGUUUAUCAAUUUCUGACGCCAGGGGGCUCACAAGAAAGGAAAAGUAAGCCACAGUUGGGAAAACCCUUUAAAAAGUAUGGAAUUGGAAGCCAUGACUUUUAUCAACAGUUUUGCAGUAUAAUUUGUUCAUGAACACACAUGAUGUGUGUGUGUGUGUGUGUGUGUGUGUGUGUGUGUGUGUGUGUGUGUGUGUGUGUGUGUGUGUGUGUGUGUGUGUGUGUGUGUGUGUGUGUGUGUGUGUGUGUGUGUGUGUGUGUGUGUGUGCUCGCGUGUGUGCCAUGUGAUGCCCCAUUCAGUAAAAUCAAGAAAUGCGCUAUAAGAACAUUUCAACGUGUUUUUAACGUACAGUGAUGCAUUUCAAAUUAUGCUUGACAAAAUAGUAAUGGCUUACAGAGCGCAAGCAUUCUAAUGUACGGAAGAAGAUUAGGGCCACAUGAAAAACAAAAUGUGGGAUGUAACCAAAAGUUUUUUAAAAAGGGGGAAGAUAUUUAAAUCCUAAUAGGCGUAAUUGAUACAAAUACUUUGAAUGUGGAUAUGCAUUUGAAUAAUAUAGAACAAAAACCAUAAUUCACACAUAGUAGCUACAAUAAUACAUUACAACCAUUUUGUGCUGCACAUCCCUCUACUUUCAAAUAUUAUACACUGCAGUUUGUCAUAAAUUGUCAUAUAUCAAUUGUACUGAGAUUUUUUUUGAUUCUUUUGUAUAUUUAUAUUUGGUGUUAAUACUUGUUUUUAUUAUUUUAAUGAAAAACACCCUUUUUAUAAUCGUUAUAUUUUUCACUCUCUUACAAUUGACUUUCUUGUGUUUUUUAUGUUUGCAUAC